AUGCUUCUCGGCGCACCAGGGGCAUCACAUAACACUCAUAGGCUCUUAUUCCCUCUCACCCACUCUCAUACGCUCUCAUUCCCUCUCACCCACUCUCAAACGCUCUCAUUCCCUCUCACCCACUCUCAUACGCUCUCAUUCCUUCUCACCCACACUCAUACGCUCUCAUUCCCUCUCACCCACUCUCAUACGCUCUCAUUACCUCUCACCCACUCUCAUACGCUCUCAUUCCCUCCCACCCACACUCAUACGCUCUCAUUCCCUCUCACCCACUCUCAUACCCUCUCAUUCCCUCUCACCCACUCUCAUACGCUCUCAUUCCCUCUCACCCACUCUGAAACGCUCUCAUUCCCUCUCACCCACUCUCUCACGCUCUCAUUCCUUCUCACCCACUCUCAUACGCUCUCAUUCCCUCUCACCCACUCUCAUACGCUCUCAUUCCCUCUCACCCACUCUCAUACGCUCUCAUUCCCUCCCACCCACACUCAGACGCUCUCAUUCCCUCUCACCCACUCUCUCACGCUCUCAUUCCCUCUCACCCACUCUCAUACGCUCUCAUUCCCUCUCACCCACUCUCAUACUCUCUCAUUCCCUCUCACCCACACUCAUACGCUCUCAUUCCCUCUCACCCACUCUCAUACUCUCUCAUUCCCUCUCACCCACUCUCAUACGCUCUCAUUCCCUCUCACCCACUCUCAUACGCUCUCAUUCCUUCUCACCCACUCUCAUACGCUCGCAUUCCCUCUCACCCACUCUCAUACGCUCUCAUUUCCUCUCACCCACUCUCUCACGCUCUCAUUCCCUCUCACCCACUCUCAUACGCUCUCCGUCCCUCUCACCCACUCUCAUACCCUCUCAUUCCCUCUCACCCACACUCAUACGCUCUCGUUCCCUCUCACCCACACUCAUACGCUCUCAUUCCCUCUCACCCACUCUCAAACGCUCUCAUUCCCUCUCACCCACUCUCAUACGCUCUCAUUCCCUCUCACCCACUCUCAUACGCUCUCAUUCCUUCUCACCCACUCUCAUACGCUCUCAUUCCCUCUCACCCACUCUCAUACGCUCUCAUUACCUCUCACCCACUCUCAUACGCUCUCAUUCCCUCCCACCCACACUCAUACGCUCUCAUUCCCUCUCACCCACUCUCAUACCCUCUCAUUCCCUCUCACCCACUCUCAUACGCUCUCAUUCCCUCUCACCCACUCUGAAACGCUCUCAUUCCCUCUCACCCACUCUCUCACGCUCUCAUUCCUUCUCACCCACUCUCAUACGCUCUCAUUCCCUCUCACCCACUCUCAUACUCUCUCAUUCCCUCUCACCCACUCUCAUACGCUCUCAUUCCCUCUCACCCACUCUCAUACGCUCUCAUUCCUUCUCACCCACUCUCAUACGCUCGCAUUCCCUCUCACCCACUCUCAUACGCUCUCAUUUCCUCUCACCCACUCUCUCACGCUCUCAUUCCCUCUCACCCACUCUCAUACGCUAUCCGUCCCUCUCACCCACUCUCAUACCCUCUCAUUCCCUCUCACCCACACUCAUACGCUCUCGUUCCCUCUCACCCACACUCAUACGCUCUCAUUCCCUCUCACCCACUCUCUCAUGCUCUCAUUCCCUCUCACCCACUCUCUCACGCUCUCAUUCCCUCUCACCCACUGUCAUACACUCUCAUUCCCUCUCACCCACUCUCUUACGCUCUCAUUCCCUCUCAUCCACUCUCAUACGCUCUCAUUCCGUCCCACCCACACUCAUACACUCUCAUUCCCUCUCACCCACUCUCAUACCCUCUCAUUCCCUCUCACCCACUCUCUUACGCUCUUAUUCCCUCUCACUCACUCUCAUGCACUCUCAUUCCCUCUGACCCACUCUCAUACGCUCUCAUUCCCUCUCACCCACACUCAUACGCUCUCAUUCCCUCUCGCCCACUCUCAUACGCUCUCAUUCCCUCUCACCCACUCUCAUACGCUCUCAUUCCCUCUCACCCACUCUCAUACGCUCUCAUUCCCUCUCACCCACUUCAUAGGCUCUUAA